AUGACUACAAAUACCAGUGAGAACUUCACCAAUUCCAGUUCUGCAUCACUUACGGCAUCGCCGCAGUGCACAUAUGACCCCGAUUCACCUACUGAGCAAGUUUUCAAGACUACUACUUCUCUACAUGUUUUCACUUCACUUCACUUCAUUGCGUACUUCAUCAUCAUGUUCGGUUCACUGAUGCGUAACGUGUUGGUCAUAUGCGUCGUUAUUAUAAACAGGCAAAUGCGAACUGUCACAAAUUAUCUCAUAGUAAAUAUGGCCGUGGCAGACCUUCUGAUUACAGCCUUUAGCAUGCCAGUGACCAUUAAACUGCUUGUGACAGGACACAUGGAUUGGUCAAACGGGGUAUUCUCUGACAUAUUGUGCAAGAUCAUCCCAUUUACCCAAUACCUCUCGAUAGCAAGCUCAGUUUUGACUUUGACAGCAAUCGCUUUUGACCGAUUUUUGGCUGUCGUGUUUCCUUUAAAGCGAUACAUGACUUUUCAGGUAUCAUACGGUAUAAUGGUAGUUGUAUGGAUCGUGAGCAUCGCUGUUACUUCUCCAUUUCUUUACGCUCAGAAAGUCAUCAUGAUUAAGGGAGAAUGGUUCUGCAUGGAGAUUUGGACUCCGGCUUUCACAGAAGAGGCAUCUAAACACUUGACCAUUGUUAUCUUCGUCGUUUUUUACCUAGUUCCACUAUUAACUAUGUCACUACUGUAUAGCUUUAUCGUUCUCAAACUUUGGGUGAGAAAAGUUCCGGGUAAUCAAACCGCCGAAAAUCAACGACGCUCUGAUAAAUCGAAGAAGAAAGUUCUUAUUAUGCUGAUGACAGUGGUGAUUCUUUUUGCACUGUGUUGGCUGCCCGUGUACAUUAGCCAGUUCAUUUAUUUCUUCGAUAAAGAGAACUUUCCUUGCGGUCCUCCGGCGGUCCUCAGUUUCAUGGGUUACUUUCUGGGUCAUGCAAACAGCGCAAUAAAUCCCACUAUAUAUGCGAUAUUUAAUUCUAACUUUCGCAAAGGAUUCAGAGACAUUUUGCUGUGUCGUUGUCGUAGGAACAGGGUAGCUCCGCAGACCAAUGUAGGGUCAGGAAUUGGCCGAGAUGGUACUUUUGGCGGGGUUGCCUUGACGCGCGUGCGUCCUCGCGCGCCCUCGAAUUUACAAUAGAGCUAAAGAGGGAAAAGAAACCAAGAGUAAUGUAUUAUCGUUCCAUAAAACGCAACAUUUCAAAACUUUACACUGAAGGUUGUACGUUUUAUUACACAUCUCACAAUAUCAUUAGAUUGACUCGCUGUGAAAUAAGUCCUUUAAAAAGCCUUUGCUGGCAGGUGUUAUAUUUUCCAACAGAAAACAAUUAGCAAUUUAUAACAAGCUUGAAAAGAUUGUAUUGCACGCCCGAUUUGUGUAAAUCGCAACUGUACGACAUGUAAACACAGUGUAUUGAAAGCCGUGUCAAGCAUUAGCAGUAAGUGAUGAAAAUGUUUUCAAAUCCUCGCACGAAACCCAACGCCUCAGGCUAGGCGAUCCAUUUAAAUGUUUAUCUACCCCCUUCAGCCGUAAAAAAGUAAUUGAUUUUGAAUUUCCGUUACUCCAUGUUGUAUACUCUGUAAACUUGUCAGUAUUAAAAACGUAAUAAAGUUUAUCAUCUUUAUCGA